AUGUCCAACACAAACGACGUCUUUGACGUUGAGGCAACAAGCCUACAACAAGACACCCACAAGCCCAUUCACAGGGGUAUCCCAGCUGGUCCUCGAAAUGCACUCGUCGUCCUCAUUGGAGAGUUUUGCGGAACAUUCAUGUUCUUGCUUCUCUCUUUCAUCGGUGCCCAAACCGCCAUUAACAACAACGAUCCGAAGAACACAGAUCCCGAUGCACCACUCCUACCCAUGAGUCUGCUUUAUAUUGCUAGCGCCUUUGGCACAGCCUUGGCUGCUAACGUCUGGAUCUUCUACCGCGUCAGUGGCGGCAUGUUUAACCCUGCUGUAACUCUUGCUCUUGUCCUCGUCGGUGCCAUGAAGCCUCUCCGUGCUCUCAUGGUUAUUCCUACACAACUUGCUGCUGCUAUUGCUGCUGCUGGAGUGGUCAACGGUAUUCUACCUGGCCCCCUCAGGGUCGGCAACGCCCUUGGCGCCGGCACCCAGCCAGUGCAGGGUGUCUUCCUCGAGAUGUUCUUGACGGCUCAGCUUGUCUUGACCAUCUACUUCCUUGCUGUUGAAAAGCACCGUGCCACCUUCCUUGCCCCUAUUGGUGUCGGUGUCUCUGUUUUCAUUGCCCAUAUUGCUGGUACAAACUACACUGGCACAUCGGUCAACCCUGUUCGCUCGUUUGGCCCUGCUGUCAUUGUUGGCUUCCCCCACUACCACUGGAUCUACUGGAUUGGCCCCUUCCUCGGAACCUUCCUCGCCUUUGGUGUUUAUUCCUCGAUGAAGUUCCUUGACUACAGCACCGCCAACCCUGGUCAAGACCACGACGAUAUUGACCGCGCCAACAAGCAUAUGAAUGCUCCCGUCAGAGCGCAUGCCACUAGCCUGUCCAGCGCUCACAGCCGUUCUACUCUUGUUGGAUCCCCAUCUGGUAGACCUAGACCUGGAAAGGACAGCCACUCCAGCCGUGAUGGUGUUCAAGGUCACUAA